AAAUAAAAAUAAAUUGUAGAUAGGGCUCCCUUCCCAUAAAAACUUCUUUCAUACGAAUAAAUUUUCCCUAUUAAAAACAAUGACCUCCGUCUUAAAAGGAGAGAGGAGAAAACUCGUUCGCCCGCUCCCGUUUUUCGCAGCUAUCGCUGGACAACCAAGCGCGCGGCUGCCGCAUCACUCUUUUUACUGGGUUUUACUUUUUCAUUUUCUUUAAUUAACAACAUAGCAAAUGGAUGAGAAUGUGCUGGGAUCUGUACAUUCCACCGUUUUUAAAGAAUCCGAAAGUCUGGAAGGCAGAUGCAUCAAGAUUGAGGGUUAUGAUUUCAACAAGGGGGUUAACUAUCCUCAGCUUCUCAAAUCGCUGGUCGCAACUGGCUUUCAGGCUUCCAAUCUUGGAGAUGCAAUUGAAGUUGUUAAUCAGAUGCUUGAUUGGAGGCUUGCUGAUGAAAAUAUAACAGAAGAGUGCAGCGAUGAGGAGAGGGACCCAGCCUACAGAGAGUCUGUGAAAUGCAAAGUGUUUCUGGGUUUUACUUCCAAUCUGAUUUCUUCUGGUGUUAGGGAUACAGUUCGCUAUCUUGUUCAGCAUCAUAUGGUUGAUGUAGUGGUUACAACAGCUGGUGGUAUAGAAGAGGAUCUUAUAAAGUGUCUUGCACCCACUUACAAAGGCGAUUUUUCCCUUCCUGGAGCUCAGUUGCGCUCAAAAGGAUUGAACCGUAUUGGGAACUUGCUGGUUCCUAAUGACAACUACUGCAAAUUUGAGGAUUGGAUCAUUCCAAUUCUUGACCAGUUGUUAAGAGAACAAACUGAAAAGAAGGUUUCAUGGACACCAUCCAAAGUAAUUGCUCGGUUGGGAAGAGAAAUAAAUGAUGAGAGUUCGUACCUUUAUUGGGCAUACAAGAACAGCAUUCCAGUAUUUUGUCCGGGGUUAACAGAUGGAUCUCUUGGUGACAUGCUUUACUUUCACUCCUUCCGCAGCCCAGGUCUAAUUAUUGACAUAAUCCAAGAUAUCAGGGCCAUUAAUGGUGAAGCUGUCCAUGCAAGUCCUAGGAAAACUGGAAUGAUAAUUCUUGGUGGGGGGCUACCUAAGCAUCACAUCUGCAAUGCCAACAUGAUGCGCAAUGGUGCAGAUUAUGCUGUUUUUAUCAAUACAGCACAAGAAUUUGAUGGGAGUGACUCUGGCGCCCGUCCUGAUGAGGCCAUAUCCUGGGGAAAAAUACGCGGUUCUGCCAAAACUGUUAAGGUGCAUUGUGAUGCAACUAUUGCUUUCCCACUACUGGUUGCGGAAACAUUCGCGUCAAGGCCAAAGAUAUCUAUCAAGCCCUGACGCUUAUGCCUAAUACAAAUCUGGGGUAGUAUCGAUCCAUUAAUUUGCUAAUGUAAUGAUUCUUAGCUGAAACUUUGGCUGAUGGUGUUAAACUGAUCUCUGGUGCUCCUUCAACGUAUUUCGGAGAGGACUAUUUGCAUUUAGGGAGAUAAGACCACGUCUAUGAAGAAUACUAUGCGGAUACUCAAACCAUUGAUGUGCUUCCAUUGAUGACAAUGAAUCCAAAACAUUCUUGCAGCAAGACUGUCAAUUGAUAUAUUUAUCUUUGACUCCUUUAAAAGGUUAAAUGCAAGCGAAAUCGCAUUAUUGUUGUUGUUGAU